GCACUCAGUGCAUGUGAAGCAUCGGGGAAUGGAGCUUCGGCACUUAUCCUUCUCAAGGAUAUGAAGGAUCAACGGCUUCAACUGGAUGUGAUCGGUGCUAGCGCGGCCAUGAGCAGUCUUUCCCAAACAAGCUUGUGGGAGCAGAGCUUGGAGAACUUCCAGCAUAUGGCGGAGAUGAAGAUUGAAAGCAACUCCAUCGCUUGCAAUGCGCUCGUCGCAGCCUGGGACAAGGGAGGGCGGUGGCAGAGUGCAGUGUACACCUUAGGGCAGAUGGAGUGGCAACGAGU